AGGGAACGUCCGUGAACCGCUGCUUGUGUCUGCAGACACAAUGGGACGCUUAUGCUCCAGAGCUCAGCGCUCCAUCGCUUAGAGUCUGGACUUCUUUUUUUUUCUUACCCUCCACACGUGUGGCCGAGAGCAGAAGGAAAACUAACCGGAUGCAAAAGAUGAGUUAGAAGUUGGCUCUGCUCACAAGAUGAACCGGGAGCUGGAGUAUAUGUUCGUUCAAUCUGCUCGGGUUUGGAUCCCCGACGCGGAGGAGGUGUGGAAGUCUGCCGAGCUCACCAAGGACUACAAAAAUGACGACGCCUCGCUUCAGCUCAUGCUGGAGGAUGGAACGACCAUUGAUCACAAGCUGGACCCCAAGACGAAGAACCUGCCUUACCUGCGGAACCCGGACAUCCUGGUGGGCGAGAACGACCUCACUGCCCUCAGCUACCUCCACGAGCCCGCCGUGCUCCACAACCUUAAAGUCCGCUUCAUCGACUCAAAGCUCAUCUACACCUACUGCGGAAUCGUUCUCGUGGCCAUCAACCCGUACGAGACAUUGCCGAUCUAUGGAACAGACAUAAUCAACGCCUACAGCGGGCAGAACAUGGGAGACAUGGACCCACAUAUCUUUGCCGUGGCAGAGGAGGCUUACAAGCAGAUGGCAAGAGAUGAGAGAAACCAGUCUAUUAUCGUGAGUGGAGAGUCGGGAGCAGGAAAGACUGUCUCAGCCAAAUAUGCCAUGCGGUACUUUGCUACAGUCAGUGGUUCUGCCAGCGAGGCCAACGUAGAAGAGAAGGUUUUGGCUUCCAACCCCAUCAUGGAGGCCAUCGGAAACGCAAAGACCACCCGGAAUGACAACAGCAGCCGCUUUGGCAAAUACAUCGAGAUCGGCUUCGACAAUCGAUAUCGCAUCAUCGGGGCCAACAUGAGAACAUAUCUGCUGGAGAAAUCCAGAGUGGUGUUCCAGGCGGACGAGGAGAGGAAUUACCAUAUCUUCUAUCAACUCUGUGCAUCAGCUAAUCAGCCUGAGUUCAAGAAUCUGAGGCUAAGCACCGCAAACGACUUCCUCUACACCAGGCAGGGCCGCAGUCCCGUCAUCGAAGGUGUAGACGACGCCAAAGAGCUUCGCACCACUCGCCACGCCUUCACACUCCUGGGUAUAAACGAGUCGUAUCAGAUCGGCCUGUUCCAGGUCUUGGCUGCUAUUCUUCACCUUGGAAACGUGGAGAUAAAAGACAGAGACUCAGACAGCAGCCUUAUUGCUCCCAACAAUCGUCACCUGACGGCGUUCUGUGAGCUGGUGGGCGUGACCUAUCAGGACAUGUCCCAGUGGCUGUGCCACAGGAAGCUGAAGACGGCCACAGAGACCUACAUCAAGCCCCUCCCCCGGCUUCAGGCCACCAACGCUCGCGACGCUCUGUCCAAACAUAUCUAUGCCAAGCUGUUCAACUGGAUCGUAGAGCAUGUGAACAAGGCUCUGGUCACCAACAUCAAGCAACACUCCUUCAUUGGAGUCCUGGACAUCUAUGGGUUUGAAACGUUUGAAAUCAACAGCUUUGAGCAGUUCUGCAUCAACUACGCAAAUGAAAAACUGCAGCAACAGUUCAACAUGCACGUGUUCAAGCUAGAGCAGGAGGAGUACAUGAAGGAGCAAAUCCCCUGGACUUUGAUCGACUUCUAUGACAAUCAGCCCUGCAUCAACCUCAUAGAAGCUAAAAUGGGCAUCCUGGACCUGCUGGACGAGGAGUGCAAGAUGCCGAAAGGUUCGGAUGACUCCUGGGCUCAGAAGCUGUACAACACCCACCUGAAGACUUGUUCCCUGUUCGAGAAGCCGCGCAUGUCCAACCGCGCCUUCAUCAUCCAACAUUUUGCUGAUAAGGUUGAGUAUCAGUGUGAGGGUUUCCUGGAGAAGAACAAGGACACAGUGAACGAAGAGCAGAUCCAUGUGCUGAAGGCCAGCAAGUUCAACCUGCUGGUGGAGCUGUUCCAAGAUGAGGAGAAGGCGACCACCCCCACCGGUCAGGUGCCCGGUACCGGGGGCCGGACCCGCCUCAGCAUCAAACCGGACAAGGGCCGGGACACGAGCAGCAAGGAGCACAAGAAGACAGUGGGCUGUCAGUUUCGUAACUCCCUCCAAAUGUUGAUGGAGACUCUGAAUGCCACCACUCCACACUACGUCCGCUGCAUUAAACCCAACGACUUCAAGCUGGCCUUCUCGUUUGAUCCAAAGCGAGCAGUGCAGCAGCUCAGAGCUUGUGGCGUUCUGGAAACCAUCCGCAUAUCUGCGGCCGGCUUCCCGUCCAGAUGGACGUACCAGGAGUUCUUCAGUCGCUACAGAGUGCUGAUGAAGCAGAAAGAUGUACUCCCUGACAAGAAGCUGACCUGCAAGAAUGUUCUGGAGAAAUUAGUACAGGACCAGGAUAAGUAUCAGUUCGGUAAGACUAAGAUCUUCUUCAGGGCCGGCCAGGUGGCGUACCUGGAAAAGCUGAGAGCCGACAAGCUGCGUGCCGCCUGCAUCCGCAUCCAGAAGACCAUCCGCUGCUGGCUGGCACGCAAGAAGUACCUGCGCCAGCGCAGCGCCGCCAUCACCAUUCAGAGGUUCACCAGGGGAUACCAGGCCCGCUGUUUGGCGAAGUUCAUGCGGCGCACUCAGGCGGCCACCAUCAUCCAGAAGUACCAGAGGAUGUGUGUGGAGCGGAAACGCUUCAGGCAGAAGCAGGCUGCUGCGCUGGCCAUGCAGACCAUCCUCAGAGCCUACAUGGCCCGGCAGAAGUACCAGGCGCUGCUGCGGGAGCACAAGGCGGUCAUCAUUCAGAAGCACGUCCGCGGCUGGUUGGCCCGCUGCUGGUACAAGCACUGCCUCGAGGCCAUCGUCUACCUGCAGUGCUGCAUCCGCAGGAUGAGAGCCAAGCGGGAGCUGAAGAAGCUGAAAAUCGAGGCUCGCUCGGUGGAGCACUUCAAGAAGCUCAACAAAGGCAUGGAAAACAAAAUCAUGCAGCUGCAGAGGAAGAUCGACGAGCAGAACAAGGACAACCGGGUGAUCAGCGAGAGACUGGUCUCUCUGGAGAGUUCGUACGCCUCCGAGAGCGAGCGCAUGCGCGGCGAGCUGGGCCGGCUGCGAGGGGUGGAGGAGGACGCCAAGAACAAAGCCAACCAGGUGUCGUCUCUGCUGGAGGAGCUGGAGAAGCUGAGGAAGGAGCUGAGCGUCACGCAGCAGGAGAAGAAGACCAUCGAGGACUGGGCGCAAAAGUACAGGGACGAAAUGGAAAAGAUGGUUUCCGAGCUGAAGGACCAGAACGGCCUGCUGAAGAAAGAGAAAGACGACCUGAACCGGAUGAUCCAGGAACAGAGUCAGCAGAUGACAGAGAAAAUGACUCGCGCGAUCGCGCAGGAGACCCAGCAGCUGGAGACGGAUCUGAACGAGGAGCGCUCCCGCUACCAGAACCUGCUGACCGAACACCUGCGCCUGGAGGAGAAAUACGACGACCUGAAGGAAGAGCUGGCUCAAUCCAAGAACGUCUCCAAACCGGGCCACAGGAGAACAGACUCCACCCACAGCAGCAACGAGUCGGAGUACACGUACAACUCGGAGUACGCCGAAUUAGAAGACGGUUCCCGCGUUGGCGAAGACGUUACACGGGGAAUGGACACCUCGCUGACCCUGAAGCUGCAGAAACGCGUUACGGAGCUGGAGCAGGAGAAGCAGUCGCUGCGCAACGAACUGGAGAACAAAGAGGAGCAGUUCCAGCGGGCUAGAGCCAGGGAUGAUGCACAGUUCAGGAAGGCUCGCGGUGCAGAGCUGGAGUACGAGUCCCUGAAGCGUCAGGAGCUGGAGUCGGAGAACAAGAAGCUGAGGCACGACCUGGCCGAGAUGAGGCAGAGCCUGCUGGGCGGCACGGCCGCAAGCGCCGGCGCGCCGGGCUCGCCCGCCUACAAGGUACUCCUGGAUCAGCUCAACGCUUCCUGUGAGGAGCUGGAGGUCCGCAAGGAAGAGGUGCUGAUCCUGCGGUCCCAGCUGGUCAGCCAGAAGGAGGCCAUGCACCACAAGGAUGAGAAGGAAACCAUGACGGAGCCUUCGGUGUUUGCUCAGGAUGUGAACAAACUGAAAGACGCCGAUGAGUUGAAGCAAGCCUACGUUGGCCUCAAAGACACCAACAGAUCCCCCAGAUCAGUGCGUCCAGCGCUGGAAGUCAGUAACCUCCUGAGUAGGCUGAGAUCUGCAGCUCCAGACCUCCACAGGCUGAAUGAGGACGGGGAGCUGUGGCUGGUUAAUCAGGGCUUAAAGGAGACCACCAGGUUGCUGGAGCAGCAGCUGCAGACCCAGCGGAGGACGCACGACAGCGAGGUGGAGUCGCUGCGCGGCGAGCUGCAGAACGUGAAGGAGGAGAACAACCGGCAGCAGCAGCUGCUGGCCCAGAACCUGCAGCUGCCUCCCGAGGCCCGGAUCGAAGCCAGCCUGCAGCACGAGAUCACCCGGCUCACCAACGAGAACCUGGAUCUGAUGGAGCAGCUGGAGAAGCAGGACAGAACCAUCCGGAAGCUGAAGAAGCAGCUGAAGGUUUACUCCAAGAGGAUCGGAGAGAUGGGGGCGGGUCACACCGAGGGACAGACGUCUCCGGGACAGAUGGUGGAGGAGCCCAUCCACCCGGUCAACAUCCCCCGCAGGGAGAAAGACUUCCAGGGAAUGCUGGAGUACAAGAAGGAGGAUGAGAUGAAGCUGGUUAAGAAUCUCAUUCUGGAGCUGAAGCCUCGCGGCGUAGCCGUGAAUCUGAUCCCAGGUCUGCCGGCCUACAUCCUGUUCAUGUGUCUGAGACACUCGGACUACGUCAACGACGACCAGAAAGUUCGGACUCUGCUCACGUCGACCAUCAACAGCAUCAAGAAGAUCCUCAAGAAACGAGGCGAUGACUUUGAGACCGUCUCGUUCUGGUUGGCCAACACCUGCCGCUUCCUGCACUGUCUGAAACAAUACAGCGGAGAUGAGGUCUUUAUGAAGCACAAUACAUCCAGGCAGAAUGAGCACUGCCUGUCCAACUUUGACCUGGCAGAGUACAGACAGGUGAUCAGUGACCUGGCCAUCCAGAUCUACCAGCAGCUGGUCAAAUGCAUGGAGAACAUCCUGCAGCCAAUGAUAGUGUCUGGGAUGCUGGAGCAUGAGACCAUCCAGGGCGUGUCCGGAGUGAAGCCCACGGGUCUCCGCAAGCGGACGUCCAGCAUCGCCGACGAGGGGACCUACACCCUGGACUCCAUCCUGCGGCAGCUCAGCGCCUUCCACUCCACCAUGUGCCAGCACGGCACCGACCCCGAGCUCAUCAAGCAGGUGGUGAAGCAGCUCUUCUACAUCAUUGGAGCCGUCACGCUCAACAACCUGCUGCUGCGCAAGGACAUGUGCUCCUGGAGCAAAGGCAUGCAGAUCAGGUACAAUGUGAGCCAGCUGGAGGAGUGGCUAAGAGACAAAGGGCUGAUGAACUGUGGAGCCAAAGAGACCCUGGAGCCUCUGAUCCAGGCCGCCCAGCUGCUGCAAGUGAAGAAGAAGACGGACGAAGACGCCGAGGCCAUCUGCUCCAUGUGCCACGCUCUCACCACCGCUCAGAUCGUAAAGGUCCUGAACCUCUACACUCCAGUCAACGAGUUCGAGGAGAGAGUUUCCGUUUCUUUCAUACGAACCAUACAGACCCGCUUGCGAGACCGCUGCGAGAGUCCCCAGCUGUUAAUGGACACCAAAAUGAUCUACCCGGUCACCUUCCCGUUCAACCCGUCCUCCCUCGCCCUGGAAACGAUCCAGAUUCCCACCUCCCUGAACCUGAGCUUCCUCACCAGGGUCUGAGCUGAAAAAUCCCCGGCCGCGACCGCCGCUGCCACCUACUGGGCCGAGACAGAUUCUAAAUAAUAAUUAUAGCAAAAAGCACUUCAAUAAAAUGUGGAUGAACACAAUCUGAAGAAACAUUUUCUGUCUAAACGCUGACAUGCACACACAUCGGUGUCACUUUCUAGCUUGUGUCGCGCGGAAACACGCGCUACUCUCCCCGUGCUCCCCAUUAAACGCCUGUAUAUACGCCUUGACCCGUAGAGAAGCCAUUGGAUAAAAUCAGUCAUCAGCAAGAGGGUCAGUGUUACCGAUCCUCCCUGGGUGUUUCCCGUCAUCGUUAAGCUAGGGGCUGUUCACGUCUGAGUCACGAGGGCAAAGCAGGCAGAGAUCUCAUCACACAGAGCUAAUUAGCAAACUAUCGCAAAAACAGCCGAGCGAUUAGGUUUUCUCCCCCUCUGAGCACAGUUACAACAAAACUCAUUGUCUGUACUACAUUAUUUAUACACAAAGAUAUCUAUAUAGAAAUAAAUAAUAUAUAUCUUGUAUUUUAUUUAUUGAAAUUAUGUUGCCAGCCUGUUUAAAGAGUACUGAACAGCUUUGCUUUAGCUGCACUGACGUACAAUAUUUAUGUCCUAAUAGAUCAAUUACAUCAUAGUUAGGAGGUCUGGCGCAGAUUUUGAUUGGCUGUGUCUUUAACUCAGAUGUUUAAUGUUUAUUUCAGGCAGAAGUGAGGAGAGUCUAUAUGAAGGGUUAAACUCUGCUGAGGGCUUUAACCUACGAUGAGGUCCACUGUUUACAGCUCUGACCAGAACCGAGAAGACAAACCAGGAACAUUUAAACUACGGAAGCCCCAAUGUGCCACAAAUUCAUAAAUCAAAACCUAUUUACUUAUGUCAUUAUUAGAGUUGCUGCAUUUUAUAAAUAAGUAAAUUCCCAAUUAUGCAUCUCAAUUGUGAAUAUAUGAUUCAUCAAAUGUGAAAUUCUGUAAUUAGUCAUAUUUGAUAAUAUUUUAGAGUUACGUUUGUGAAUGUCAGUAAUCAGUUAGCACUGUGUUGCGUAAACGCUGCUCCAGUUUCCUGCGCAGUGUUGGCUCCGCCCAAUAGCAAACGAGAAAUUACUAACAGUGAAAUAAUCAUUUAUGCUUUUCAUAUAAAAUGCUUAUGUUUGCCAUAUAUUUCUGAAGACAUUACUUAGAUUUACUUCUAAUUUUGAUGAAUUGGAACACAUUGAACUAAUCGAGUGAUUUAUUUAUUGAAUUGUGUCACUUUUGGACUUCCAUAUUCACCAUACCACCAACACUGCAGUAAAAGCACAGAUCUGUACGUACAACAUUACACUCAGCUUCUGUUUCUCCUUACAUUCUUCUGGUCAAGGCCUUGGAAAAUGUUCCCGUUUAUCUUUGUGUGCGUAUUUAUUUCAGUAUUGCCAUUUGUUUAGGGUUGUUUGUGUUGUAAAGCCAUAUAUUACUGAGCAGAAUGAAGAGACAUUUGUUGUUUUUGUAAGUAUGUUUUGCAGAAAUUGCCUGAUAUCUGUUCUAUGUUACUUUCUCUGCUUUACACCCACUUUUGCCUUCCUGUUUUUGUGACACAACAUGGGCAUUUGUUACAAAUAACCAACAGAUUAUUUUUGAUCAUCGCUGUCAUUUUAACUGCUGGCUCAGUGCUUAUCUGUUAGUCUUUUUUUUUUUAUUCACUGUACAAAUUGUUGAUCUUCAGAUAUCUUUACAUACUUGGUACAUUAGCAAAGCAUAAGGCAUGAAGUGCUGCUGCUUUGUUCGUGUAACCUGCAUGGUUUAGGCUUUCCAGACGUCACCAGCUUGAGAACAGGAGCCUGCAUGUUAGGAAAACUAGAGACUGGAGUCAAGUUCACCAGGAAAUGGGCCCAUGUUGUGACAAAGACUCUUCCGUCUUCCUCUGCUCCGUCUUUUCUGCACUUUCAGCCUACUUCCUGUUGUGCCGUUAGUACUUAAAGUGAGCCGUCUUCUGCCUCUUUCCUCUUUUGAUCAUUAUUUCACCAAAAACACUACGCUUAGUAAAAUACCGUUUCUGUUUGGAUAGUCCAGUUGCAAAGUUUCUGUUGGAACUGGACUUUUGAGGCAAAUGAGAUGGAAAAAAAGAGAGCAGAGACACAAAAAGAGGCAGAGAAAUCUCAGUAACCCAGAGGAGUGACAUCUUUCUGAUUGGAUUUAAGAGAAAGUGCUACAUUUAGAGACGCACCAAUCAAAUUGCUUGAGAUCGGAAUCUGCCUACUUUUUUUUUCUUUUUUGGCAGGUUUAAUACUGAAAAAAAGUUAUCGAAUGCAUCAAACACUGUUUUCCAUCAUCAGCGUUUACUUUAAUUUGCUUUAUCUUGAAGAAAAAUCAAAGACUUUUAUGCUUUCAUUUUUAUGAUAUGUAGCCCUUAGAAGAAAAAACCUAAAUUGGUAAAAAUAUAUCAACCUGAAACGGCCUGACCGGACUAUCGGCAGUGACGUUUUUACGUUAAAAACAUCCGCCUGCUCUCACUGGGACCACAUUUAAUAAUUCAGCCUUUUCUUUGUCUGGGUUUGUUUGUUGUGCAACAUUUCUGGCUUGUGCCAAGAGGUCAUAUCUGCUGGUUGUGUUUUUGAAGGACAGCAACAAAGGAGUCGAUCUAGCAUUUGAAUGUUCAUGUUCUAUCAAGUGUAUCAUGAUUUUUAGCUGCACAUUGUAGAAGAAGCCUUAUCUGACUUUACUGGUUAUGUGAAUGACUUACACACACACACACACACACACACACACACACACAUUGUGUUCUCCCAGUACAGGUUUUUUUUGUUCUCUCGCUGUUAAAUGAGUAGAAGUUGUAUAAAAUGUGAUCAUGCCGUUCUGAUGACGCCUCUUCUAGUCCUGCAGCUGGUGUUACACAGAUGGUUUCAACUGUUUAUUGAUGAGUUUGGACUGGAAAAACUGAUUUAGCAAAAUAAAAAACUCCCGCACUCAGUGGGAGCCGCGACGCUCACCCAUCGGUUGGUUUAUUUGAGAAGAAAAACGCCGUCAUCGCUUCGGUCCCCGUUUCCACACCAAGCAGAAAGCUGCUUCUAAGUUACGACCCGGACGUUAUAAAUGACCUUUGUUCUCAUCAGCACUAGAGUUACUUGUGCCGAUUAAAUAAACGACAACAAAAAAAUAAAAAUACAAAUAGUUCGGAGCCCAGCUGUGGCGGUACUGGUGCAAACAUGCUGAAGCCGGUACCGGGUGUUUCCCUCUUUAAAUCAGUGUGUACAUUUGACGAACUGGACUGUUUGUAGUCUCUGGUAGCUGUGCUUCGUGAAUGUGUUCACCGUUAGCAAACUUGGAAUAAAAUUUCAACUCUGUAAGUAAAAUAAAAGGAUUCAGCACUG